AUGAGAGAUAUAGCCCAUUCCAAUAAUCCGUCCUUGCAGAACAAACCUUUUGGUGGAAAGAUUUGGCUUUUUGGCGGUGAUUUUAGACAAAUCCUUCCAGUCAUUCCAAAAGGAUUAUCAGUUACUCAAAUUUUGAGGCUUGGUGAUGGUCUACUUGGUGGUCCAAAUGAUGGAGAAGUGGAAAUUGAAAUUCCAGAUGAUUUACUUAUACUCGAUGCAGUCAAUCCUAUAUCUUCAUUGAUCGCUUUCACAUAUCCAGAUAUGCAAAAGUUCUUAUGCAAUUCAAAUUACUUCCAACAAAGAGCCAUUCUUGCACCCACAAAUGAAGUUGUGGAUUCAAUAAAUACAGAACUGUUAAAUAGUAUGCCUGGUGAAGUAAAGAUAUAUCUCAGUUUAGAUACUUUAUGUGAGUCUGAGGAUCAAACCGACCUUAACAUGGCAUUGUUUCCUCCGGAUGUAUUAAACAAAUUGCAUCUGUCAGGAUUACCUAACCAUAAAUUGGUUCUCAAAGUUGGAGCUCCGGUAAUGUUACUUAGAAACAUUGAUCAAACAAAUGGUCUGUGUAACGGUACACGACUUCAAGUAACAAAACUUGGAAAACUUGUAAUCGAAGCAAAGAUUAUUACUGGAAAUAAUAUAGGUCAUCAUACUUUGAUUUCAAGAUUGAAACUAACACCAUCUGAUAAAAGAAUACCGGUGAAAAUUGCACGAAGACAGUUCCCAUUAUCUCUAUGCUUUGCAAUGACCAUCAACAAAAGCCAGGGACAAUCACUUGAACGUGUAGGCUUAUAUCUUCCAAUGCCGAUUUUUAGUCACGGACAACUAUACGUUGCUGUAUCACGAGUAAAGAGCAGGAAGGGUUUGAAGAUCUUGAUAUGUGACAGGGGAAAACAAGUGUGUAAAACCACAACUAACAUGGUCUACAAAGAAGUUCUACAAAAUCUAUAG